UCUAAACAUGCCAGCAGUGAAUCAGAGCAGCUGCACACUUUCAGUUUCGUUUCAGAGGAAAGCAGAGCCACUGUCCAGCUUAAACAGCGCUGAGAGCUCAGUCUGGACUUUACAGGGUAAAAAGUGUGAAGAAAAGAGACAAUCAUCAGUAUGGAUGUUGACUAUCACAGCACAGUGUACAGGCUUUUCACUGGAGCUCCACCUGCUCUCACCGUUCCUCUCUGUCAAUACUGGUAUCUCAGUCAUGCUUUCAGGAAGGAGCUCAGCCAAAUUGAGAAUGAGUUUGGUGUUGAAAUAAACGCUGAGGUGUCAGUGUCAGUCACUGCUGUGGAUCAGAUCAGAGGAGAUUCCGUAAACAAAGCCACUCAGAGAGUUACAGACCUCGUCCAGAACAGUAUGAAGAGUCUCCAGUGUGUCAAGAUCCCUCACACACAGGUGGAGUCUGAAAUUGUUAAAGAGGUGGUGCGAAAUAUCCGAAUGGACAGAGCUAAGAUGAUGAUAAACAUGUCAGCGGAUCAGUGCCUGCUGUUUGGACCAGAACCUGUAAUAUCAGGGGUUGAGGAGCAGAUGAAUUUGGAGCCCGGUAUGAAGCUGAAGAGAUCAUUCAUCAGUAGCACGCUGAGUAAAGCAGAGGUCUACAGAGAUCUAAGAAAAGAGGCUGGAAAUGCUAAAGAGAAAAAACGUGUUAAAAGCAAAGAUGAUGACUGUCCAAUCUGCAUGGACAAAUUUACUGACAAACAGAAGCUGAAAUGUGGCCACGAGUUCUGCAAAGAGUGUCUGGAAGCAUCAGUGAAGUGCAUGGGUGAAAUCUGCCCACUGUGUAAGGACAUCUUCGGGAUGUUGACGGGAACCCAGCCUGAUGGAAAGAUGAGUGUCUCUAAACUGGGAUCUAGUCUGCCUGGUUACUCUCAUUGUGGCACCAUUCAAAUUACUUACAACAUACCAGACGGCACACAGACGGUAAGAAUUCACUCUUAGCAAAAGGGUAAAACU